UAUCCACCAGUCGCCUCACGCUCACCCAUGGUCGAUUGCUCCUCCUGUCCUCCACCACGCCAUCCUCGACUGUCGAAGAGUUUGGGCAGCCAGCGAUGACCAUGGGCGCCGACGACAAGCGCCCACCGCCGCCGACGCCGCCAGCGGGCGAGGAGGGCGCCGUAGUGGCGGACAAGGCCCUGCACGCGCUGGGGUUCGAGUUCACCCGCAUCAGCGCGGGCGAGGUCGCCGGACGGCUCCCCGUCACCGGCACGUGCUGCCAGCCGUUCGGGGUGCUGAACGGUGGCGUGUCGGCGCUGGUGGCGGAGUCCGCGGCGAGCGUCGGCGCGUACAUGGCGUCCGGGUACCAGCGCGUCGCCGGUGUGCAGCUGUCCGUCAACCACCUCCGGCCCGCCCGCCUCGGCGACCUCGUCCACGCGCAGGCCACCCCCGUCCGGCUCGGCCGCAGCAUCCAGGUCUGGGAGGUCCAGAUAUGGCGGACAGAUCCUUCCACAGGAGAGUGCAAGGACCUGGUGUCGACAGCAAGAGUUACCCUGCUAACAGCCAACCCAUCAAGGCCAGAGGAGAUGACCAGCCAUGAAGCGAGCAUCAAGAAAUACGCCAAGCUCUAGAGAAGCAUCAUGUGAAUUACUCUCACCGCCAGCAGGCUCCGCCCUUUCUAUGGGAAGUCUACGGUUAUUGAAGGUGUUGCGUUUCGGCUGUAACCUUGCACCGUGCAGUGGGUUCUGUGCUGUUGCUAAACAAAAAGGACCAUGUACUACCGUGCCCUCGCAAAAAAAAAUGUCUAUUUAUCUGCCGACGGAUUUUUAGGGUAAAUUUUGUCAAAUUUUAUGAUAUUGCACAUGUUGUUCAUUGA